UUCUUCAAACCCAGGAACUUAUAAUUACAUUCCAGUUAGAGCCGGCUCUGGCCUAUGCUAAAGCUGAGGGGAAUCAUGUUCUUGUAGAUCAGCACUUAGAGGUUAGCUCUUCAUAUUUAUAGCACUUUCCUGGAUACAGGUCAUGUGAUUUCCCAGAAAAAAAUGCUGUUUAGGCACCUGGAUGAGAGAUUGCAUGUAAAGGAUUGCCUGAAAAAACACAACUCCAUGUCUGUUUGAGGGAAGCUGCAGGUAUUCUUAGUGAGAGAAUGUGCUUAUUGCAGUAAGGUGACAUUCCAUGUAUCUCACCCACAUAUACCGAUGAAGAAGAAGAAAAUGUCAUCGGCCACAAUAACAACAUCCGAAAUCUCCCAGGUGGAUGGCCUAAACAGUAUGAAAGGGAAACCCCAAUUACCUCCAAAGCCAGACUUGAAAACGUUUUUUAACAGAGAAAAGUCACCACUAAGAAACAAAACCACAGUGGCAAUAAGUAACAGUGUAGAAGUAAAAGUCUUAGCGUCGGAGGACAAUGAGGGUAAAAUGAGUAAUACUUCUGAAGGGGUCCCAUCUUUAACAAAACAAGACUCUAUAUUGAUGGAAACGAAUAUCAACAAAUUAAGCCUGGCUGCAGAACCAUCUGAUCUGACCCAGAACGACGCAGAUACACUAAGUUAUGACUCUGGCAUUUCUUGCAGCUUGCAACCCAAGAGAAAGUCUUCAAGGAAGACCUCAGAAACAGUUGCUACUGGAACCCAUGAGCAAAAUCACAAGACUGCAAGUCUUUGCCCUAGGAGACCUCCACCCAAGAGGCCCUCCUAUAACGUUAAGACAAAGAAGAUCCUCCCAAAUCCAUCGAGACCCAUGCAGAGGACUGUGAACCUUGAGAAAAGAACCAGUUUCAUCACAGACUGUGCUGAUGAUGUUUUCUUGCCUCCAACUCUACAGUGCCCACAAAAUUGCCCAUGUAUUUGUCACUUGAAACAGCUCAUUUCCCCCAAAAGAUUAAGCAGUACCACAGGGAAUUCCACAAAUGGACAACACGUAAAUAACUCUCUUUGGAAUUCUGAGCCUCAUUCAAAUUCACCAACCAUGAUUAAAACUGAAGACACAAAACUAUUACAAACAAGACUGCGGGUUAGCAGUUCAGGUGCAUUACUCCCCUCACUGAGGCAAAACUCUGCUGGAACCCCAGAUAUGUCACAUCAUUCAAACCUGAACAGUAUUAGCAGGGGUGACCAGCCACAUGUCAUUGGAACACCCCCCGAACACGCUGCCCUCACUGAACUGGAUAGUCAGCCGGAACAGACAAUGACACAAAACUUUCAUGGUGAUACUCCGUCUUCUGAUGAUGACCCAUCAGGCAUCUACUGUACAAUGCAGAGUCUCUUGAGUCCACAAGAAGAUAGAUGGAGAGGGCUGCAGGUUUCUUCUUCUUCUGUUGAAGAUAUUCAGGAUAUGGAACAAUCUGUACUUCCCUCUCUGCUGAACAAAUUGUAUAAAUCAUCACUGGACAAAGAAGUUGUGGAAAAUAUUGAUGAUGGAGACUAUGUGGAAAUUCACUGUUCCAAUGCCACUCAUAAACACCAUGAGAAGACAUCCUGUAAAGAAGAACCCCAACUUCUGCACAGACAGUGGGAGAAGACCACCAGGAGCAAACAACAAGUACAUUCAGACAAACAAGUUGCUGAACCUUCAGAAAGCAGGUGCCCAUUGCCAGUCAUUACUUGGGAGGCGCCCUUCACAGACUGGAAAACAAGACUUGAACAUGAGCCAUUCUACCAGAUAUACAGCCAGGACUGCAUUAACAGAGAAAUUAAAGAACAGCUGUUUUCAACCUCAAGUGAUGAGAACUCUUUGGACAGUUUUAAUGUGUCACCAAGCUGCGAUGUCACCCAAACACCAGUGACACAAGAGAAUGUCCCGCUCAGCCAGAAUGUCAGUAUUUCCAGAUCUUUGUCAGAGAGCACUGCAGACUUUGUACACAGCACAUCUCCACAAACAGUGGACAAGCAGGAGGGUGAUGAGCUGAUACAGUCUGAUGAGGUUUCUCGGAGAGCAAACAGGAGGAGAAAAAAGACUGUAAGAGCCUUGUGGCAGGAUAUGAGUCUUGUACAUGAAAGUGGGAUUCUUGCCAGGCUCAACAAAAGGCAACUCAGACUACAAGAGAGCAUGUUUGAAGUAUUGUCUUCUGAAGCCUCCUACAUGCGAAGUCUGAAAGUUGUCAUCAAUAAUUUUAUGGCGUCCCCUGAAAUCAACAGUAUUUUGACCGCUCAAGAAAAACGAGGGCUUUUCUCCACCAUAAACAAGAUUCAGGAAGCCAGUGAAAGGUUUCUUACUGACCUGGAAUCCCACCUGGAGGAGAAUCUGCUUAUGCCAAAUACCUGUGAGAUCUUACAGCACCAUGCCAAGAACAACUUCUCUGUGUACAUCGACUACAUUCGCAACCAACCUUAUCAAGAUAGAACCUUCCAUAAUCUUAUGAAAGAGAAGCCACAGUUUGCAGAGGUGAUUUCCAGAUUACAAGAGGACCCAGGGUGUAACCGUCUUCCACUAAAAUCCUUCCUUGUACUACCAUUUCAGAGGCUGACACGCCUGAAGAUUCUUGCAGAGAAUAUCUUGACAAGAACAGAGCCCAAAUCAGAACAAGAAGAGUCUGCUGCCAAAGCUCUUCGAGAGGUUUCAAAGGUCCUUGAAGAAUGUAACAAGGAAGUUGGAAUCAUGAAACGAACAGAAGAGAUGGUGCUCAUAGCAAACAAGAUAGAAUUCACCAAAAUGAAGGCCAUUCCACUCAUAUCUCAGUCUCGCUGGUUAGUCAAACAAGGGGAGAUGUCAGAGCUGUCAUCCAAAGAGACCUUUUUUGGCCAAAAGAAGUUUGUACAAGUGUACCUCUUCCUUUUCAAUGACCUGCUGCUUAUCACUGUCAGAAAGGGCGGGGAUAAGUUUACGGUGUUGGAUCAUGCCCAUCGAUCAUUGGUAGACGUCCGUGAAGACAACAGCGAUGCAGAUGCUGAAGGCACCUUCACUUUAGUCCUUGUGCAGAAUCACCGGGGAAGUAUUUCUGAGAAAGUGCUCAAGGCCUGCAAUGAAACUGAGAAAAAACGUUGGAUUGAAGCACUUUCUCCAAGAAUGAAAGAGAGCAAAGAAAAGGAGAUGAUCUAUGAGGAAUGGGACUGCCCUCAAGCUCAGUGUCUUGCACAAUACACAGCUCAGCAGGAGGAUGAACUCAGCCUUGAACCUGCAGAUGUUGUCAGCAUCCUUCGGAAGACAGCAGAUGGGUGGUAUGAAGGGGUAAAAGGAUCUGAUGACAAAAGGGGCUGGUUCCCCUGCAGCUGUGUUGAAGAGAUCAUGAGUGAACACGUGCGAAGGAAGAACCUGAGAGAGCGCUAUCGGGUCCUGUUUGCAGCUCAGCAGCUUAGCCGAAAAGGAGAUGGUUUGCCCAGGAAAUCUUCCACAUGAAUAGCCAGAGUAAAAUGUCACAGCAUCACAAUGAAUUGUACCUCCUAAUUACCAAAGACCAAAGAAUUCAGUCAUUUCCUGAAUGUUGCUAGUCAUUUUCCCUACUGAUGAUCUGUAACGUCCAGCAACAAUUUAAUGGUGGUGAUUGCUACUGACAAAAGUACUUUUUCUUUCAUUUUUCAUACAUAUAGCCUUUUCUUAUUCUAUCAGUGACGCUAAAGGAGACAUUGUCUUACACAUUACUUAUUGAUGGGACAGAAUUCUACCUCUUAAGUAUUUAUAGUGUGAUAGCAUAACUCAGCCUCAUUUGCUUUAAGAGUUUGUGAGGCCAACUGCCAUCCAGAACAAAAAUAUUAUGAAAUGGCUAGAGUCUUGUGAAAAAAAUAAUAAUGAAAUAAAAACUAAGUUCUUCAUUUCUGUGAAUAAGCACAACA